UGCAUCAGUGACAUGUCAACCAGCCCUUGGGGGCCCAUUGCCAGUGAAUAAAGCAUUUUGUGAACGUUUUCUUCUUUAUUGUCUCUCCCACACUGUCUCACGCUCUGACUGCUUCCAGCUGCUAAACGUGACAAAGAAGGAAAGAGAGCGAGCCCCCUCGUAUAUUCCAAUCGCAUCAUCCUCAUCAUCUUUCAUCAACGUUCAAAUCCCAAACAACGAGUAAGUUCAGAGAGCCCCUUAAUAAAUAGUGGUCAAACAUUUUGGCUCCUCCACAUUUCCACUGUCGUUUGCCGAGUCCUCUCUCAAUUUGGUCUUCUCUGGUUCUCCACUCCUCUUCCUGCCAUAUAAGUCUACAAGUUUUUCUGCUUUCAAAAUCAGAGCUUCUUCCUCGUUCUGAAAUGCAGAGUACCCUUCAGAUUCAGAGACAAGAAAGCUCGCAGAUUGAGAUGAAGUUGUCGAUCAGCGUAGAUAGGAUAGAGCAAAGUAUCAGCUUUGGUCCAAAAAAUGGGGGUUUGCCCAUGUCUCCGAGGACGCGCCCGGCCUGCACAUGCUCAAACCGACCGGGUUCGGCUCGGUGUGCGCGUCACGGAUAUCUAGUGCCGCCGGGGGAGAGGAUGAAGAAGCGUCCAGCCAGCAAAGAGAUCUUGAGGAGGGCUCUGACGCCGCCCCCGCGGCGGUUCGCCUUCAGGUCGUUGAAUUUCCGGCCAACUCCGAGCAGACUCUCUCAGAUGUCCAUGGCUUAACCUUCUUUUUUGUUUUUCUUUUCCAUAACAAAUUUCUAUAUGCAGUGAAAUUAGUCGUGGAUUUAUGUACAAUUUGAGUUUGAGUAUUCACUGAAAUUAAUUAGACGGCUCUCUAUUCUUUCUUACCCUUCUCUCUUAUGAAAGUUAGAAUUUU